AAUAAUUGUGUUGUUGGGAAAAACAAUGAAAAUCCACAAGUAGAAAAUACAAGUGUUAAUUAAAUACUCAAAUAUAACUCGUUUUGUUAUAAUACUGUAAUAUUAUCUCGUAUGAAUUAGAGAGAGAAAUUUUAGAAAAACACCACCAGACCAGAUCAUCAAUUUGGUUGAGAACCAGUUUUGACUUCAGAAAUACCAAAUUAUUUGCAGUGUCAUAGUUUCACUAAAGUAAAGUUGCAAUCUUUUUUCUUUGUUCUUUGUAAAUGAGCUUAGUGAGAGAAAACCCAGAACAAAAAUGUCGGUGAAAAAUAGAGCUGGAUUUGGUGGUAAUGAAUCAUCUUCAAGGAAUUUUUUACCAAGGAAUUUUGUAAUCUUGCUAUGUAUUGGUAGCUUUUGUGCUGGAAUGUUCUUCACAGAAAGGAUGUGGAUGAUGCCUGAUGAAAAAGAUACUGUGAAUACAAGGAGCAGAGGUGAAGGCAUACGGACAAUACAAGAGCAGAAACAGGUUUUUCGGCAUGAAUCUAAUCAUGUCCCUAGGGAAUCCUUGGUGAAAGGCAACAGCAUACAUUCAUUGGAUAAAACAAUUUCAAAACUUGAGGAAGAAUUAGCUGCUGCAAGAGCAGCACAGGAGUCAAUAAUGAACGGAUCUCCUGUAACAGAGAGCUUGAGGAUUGCUGACUUAACUUCUAAACGAAAAUAUUUGAUGGUCAUAGGAAUUAACACUGCUUUUAAUAGCCGGAAACGAAGAGAUUCAGUUCGUGCAACUUGGAUGCCACAAGGUGACAAAAGAAAGAAGUUAGAAGAAGAAAAGGGCAUUGUUAUACGAUUUGUUAUUGGCCACAGUUCAACAUCUGGUGGCAUUCUUGAUAAGGCAAUCGAAGCAGAGGAUAACAAACAUGGAGACUUUUUGAGAUUGGAACAUGUAGAGGGCUAUUUGGAACUCUCAGCCAAGACAAGGACAUACUUUUCCACCGCUGUUGGCCUGUGGGAUGCUGACUUUUAUGUAAAAGUAGAUGACGAUGUUCAUGUUAAUCUAGGCACAUUAGGGAAGAUUUUAUCCAGCCAUCGCUUGAAGCCUAGAGUAUAUGUAGGUUGCAUGAAGUCUGGUCCAAUCCUUGCUAAAAAGGGAGUGAGAUAUCAAGAACCAGAGCAUUGGAAAUUUGGUGGAGAGGGAAACAAGUAUUUCCGACAUGCUACAGGACAGCUAUAUGCUAUUUCAAAUGACUUGGCAACCUAUAUAGCCAUCAACAAACAUCUGCUGCACAAAUAUGCGAAUGAAGAUGUUUCUUUAGGAUCAUGGCUUAUUGGUCUGGAUGUAACACAUGUUGAUGACAAGAAUCUAUGUUGUGGUACUCCCCCAGAUUGUGAAUGGAAAGCUCAGGCAGGAAAUGUUUGUGGUGCUUCAUUCGACUGGAUCUGCAGUGGCAUUUGCCGUUCUGAUGAAAGGAUUCACGAAGUUCACCAGCGUUGUGGGGAAAGUGAGGAUGAACUAUGGAAAGCCACUUUUUGAAAAUCUCAGGCACAAGCUCUUUAGAAUAUAGCAGUGGUAUCAUACUUUUCUACUUUGCCUAUGUAUAUGAAACACAUAUAGAGCAAUUUUGUGUAAACACGUCCUGCAUGUGAGAUAAAAAUACUAGUGGUUGGGUUAAAGGAAAACUUAUAUUGGUGGUGCUCCAUUUUGAAUGAGUGAGGAAGCGACAAGCAGCAUUUUGGGGAGGCAAUAAGGACUUUCUAAGCUAUUGUUCAACUGGUUAGAGAACCAAUAUUGAGAGUUUCUCUACCAUGAAUUGCCCUUUUGUUUUCGUUCAGCUCGGAUCAGUUAGCAUGUUAGAAUUUUUUCUUUGUACAUGUAUUAUAUCAAGAGAGUUUUGGAUGGUUGUCUUGUGUAAGUAGGUGUGUUGUAUGAGAUGUUGUCUCAGGUUGAUUUAUUCUUUCUCCACCUUGUUAUAUGACCUCCUCUGCUCUGUCGAUUUUGGUAAAGUAUGUUGGAGAUCAGACUGUACUAUAGAAAGAAUUUGUAAACUGUUUGUAUCUUUUGUACUUUUUUGUACACAUCAAAGGAAAAAGGCAAUUCUCUAUUC